GCAGCCUGUGACCCAGCCUCCAUCUCACGUUACACCCUAUUUAUAACAUCCCCUCCGCCGGCUCCCCUCGUUCUGCAGUUCCUAGGAACCUCCUUCUGCUCCCAGCCUCGAGCUCCGGUCUCCUGCUUCUCCUGACAUCCGAGAGGCUCUGCUGCAGCUGAUCCCGGCUCACUGUUUAUCCUGUACAGCCUGGCAACCGGCCGCACGCUACGGAUUAUCACAGGACACCUAUCACUAAACACACUUUACUUUCCACUCUGACUUUUUUUAGGGUUGAUUUUCAACUUAAGGAAAAAGCUUUGGGAAGGAAAAGGAGAAGCAUCUUGGAUAUGAGCUUGGAUCUUUUUGAUUUUUUGUAACUUCACUCUUUUUCUCUAACUUUUCUGGAGGGCUGUGAGUGUCUGUGUCCCCCCCCCACCAUGGAUCACACCCUGUUCGGUUGCCUGCGGAGCCCCCACGCCCCGGCUCAGGCCCUGCACCCCGCCUUCACCCAGUCCCCUCUCACCCUGCACGGACGCUCGGACCACGUCUCCUACCCAGACCUGGCCUCCUCCUCGUCCUCCUCCUCGACCUCCUCUCCUUCGCCCUGCAUCAUCUCCAGCUACCAGGUGGAUGACGGCCUGUUUCCAGGGCAGCAUCACCACCACCACCCCCACCCGCACCGCAGCCACCUGCCCUCCCAGCAGCAUCACCACCCACCUCAGCACCACGCGUCCUGGCACAUCCCACAGAUGCCUUCACCUGGAGGGGGCACACGCCACAACCUCUGCCACCCGCACUCCCAUUCGUCCCACGAUAACGGUCCCACGCCGCCUGACCUGGGCCACCCGGGUGCACCCAGUAUGUGCGCCAGCACUCCGAGUCUGGCCGGCGGCAGCACCCCUACGGGGGCCUCCUGUGUGCCUGCAGACUUUGGCAGACAGACUCUGUCACCUGCUGAGGCCGAGAAGAGGAACGGCAAGAGGAAAAGUGACAGUUCAGAGUCCCAGGACGGGAAUUACAAGUCAGACGUGAGCAGCAAACCCCGGAAGGAGAGGACGGCAUUCACCAAGGAGCAGAUCCGAGAGCUGGAGGCCGAGUUCGCCCACCACAACUACCUGACCCGACUAAGACGCUACGAGAUCGCCGUCAACCUCGACCUCACUGAGAGACAAGUGAAGGUGUGGUUUCAGAACAGGAGGAUGAAGUGGAAAAGAGUGAAGGGCGGCCAGCAGGGUGCAGCAGCUCGAGAGAAAGAACUGGUGAAUGUGAAAAAGGGAACGUUGCUGCCGUCAGAGUUCUCUGGCAUCGCAGCACUCCACCACUCGACGGACUCCUUAGCCAAUGAGGACAGUCACGACAGUGACCAGAGCUCUGAGCAUGCUCACUUAUGAUGCCCUACCCCCCUCCUCUGAGAACCGGCCCUGCCUCUGACUCAGGACCGUCCUUAUAAGGACUGCUGUUUGCUGAUUCGCCAUCGUCAUACAACGAUGCUAAAAAAGUGUACAAAUGUACAGAUGAAUUAUGUAUAAAGCUGUCAUCAUGUGGGCAAAAUGUAAAUUUAAAGCACAUAAAAGGGAUGUUGACUUAUUUUAAAGCACCAUUGGUUAAAAAUAUCCUUUACAAAUGCCAAAAAAGGAAUAGUAUUAAUAUUUAAAUUAGAUUUUUUUCCCCAAACAAAGUCACUGAAUAUUGCAAGAUAUUUGCAAAAUACUACUUAUCAAACUGUUGUACACAUUCCAUGUUUUAUGCUUUGACAGAAGCAUACUAAGUCUUUGAUUUGCACUGUUAAACAUACAGUCAGUUCCUACUGUAUAAAAUGUAAAUUUCCAUGUAAUUGAUCAAAUCAAGUGCCAGGAAAUCAAAUUAGCCAAGCUAAUAUAAAUGAUCUGUAAAUAUUCCUCAGUACUGUCUUACAUAAUAGUAUUUUUACCCACAUUUUUUCAGCACUGACAGUUCUUCAGUUGACAUUUUCUGUCUUGAGAUGUCGUUUUGUAAACAAAUCUGAAACCUGAAUUAGUAUUUUAUUAAAUCCUAUGUGGGACAGGUUGUAAAACAAUAAAUUUAACCAGUGGUAAAUUGUUUCUACAAAAUUUCAUCACUUUUCUCCAUCAAUGCAGACAACUGUUGGAAUAAAUUCAGACUUAUGUGCAUGUGCAUCUCAAAAAGUGAAGCUGAAAUGAAUUAAACAUUGCAGAAAGUGCAGAAAGCUGGAGAUGGGGGUGCAUGCAAAAUUCACCUUUGCCUCGGGGCAGGGUCGAGACUCCUGCCAAGACGAGGAGAGUGAACCGGCAAAGGAUAGGAUUCUGUUACAAACUCCAGUUGAAAAUAAUUUCAUGACAUGAGCUCACCUUUCAGCACAUUGUGAUUGUGCAUUCUAAUUUUUCCAGGAGAAGCCCCACAGAGCAGGCAUGGGUCUUUAUAAAACACUCAAAGAAACCCUCAGGAUAAAUCUGAUCCAUUUUUGUACUUACCCUCUAUGCACAAAUUUCAUGGACUCUCACAUUCAUUCACGGAUCCUUAUAAUCUUCCAUGAGCACUUUUUUUGCCCUGUUACCACAUACCUUCAACCUGUGUCAGGAUAAGUGACAGAACACUCACC